AGAGCAGCUCCGGGCCGCCUGCGGGCUUCUGUUGCUUCUGAAGGCCAUAAUAACAGCCACAUGAGCCGAGGAGCUCCCAGAGGCAGCCGGCACUCUCAGUCCCAGAGGCAUCACCCCAAGACAGAAAAGAGAAGCAGAAACAGAAAUCCUAUUGGUCCAGGAAAGUAUGGAUAUGGAAAAGUGCCAUACAUUUUACCUUUACAAACUGAUACUGGUCAGCAGCCUCAGAAACUUCGAAGGCAGCGUCAGUCAUCAAGGAACAACGUAUUUCAUCAGAGUCCAAGUCUCAUAAAUGCUUACAGCCAGUCAGCCAGCCCUUCACUCCAACAUGGGAACCUUUAUCAAGAAGAAAGUGGGCCUCAGGCUGGUCACCAGGUCCUGGGACCCUCAGUUUAUCAGUCACCUUCAUUUCCUGUAUCUCAGAACUUGUUUCAUAGCAGUGACUCAACUCUUCAUGGGUCUGCAUCACACCCGAUGAUCCAGGGUCAGCCCCAGCCUCAAAGGGCUGCAGCUAUUGUAUGUGUUGGCACCUACAAGCAAUAUAAACUCUGCAACACAAACAUGUGUCCUGAAAGCAGCAGAAGUAUUAGAGAAGUGCAGUGUGCAUCAUACAAUAACAAGCCAUUUAUGGGACGAUUUUAUGAAUGGGAACCUUUUGCAGAAGGUAAGGGAAGCCAACGUGUUUUUGCUUUGUUAUGCAGACUGUGUUUUGGAAAAGCAGACGUGCUUUUAACCCAGUAGAAGCCGUGAAGCUUUACUCCUUGAGUUUUGCUGAUUCUGCU